AUGCGUUUGAGCCAGUUCUCGUUGCUUGCUCUGGGAGCAGCAACAGCUAGCGCAUUCCGCGAUACAUCUCCUUUUUUCCUUGCGUCGACCUCUGAGCUCCUAUCUGCUUCAGCACAGCUGAAAUCUGCCACAUCUCUUCUCGAUGACCUCUCUACAACACUCAGCACGUGCCCAACGGACUACUAUGUCAUUGCAUCCCAACCCGGUGUUCACGCCACCGACUUCAGUGCACGCAAAUCCGCGCCCCGCCUCGCAGCAAAGUUGACGGGUCAAGACGAGACAAUCCGGUCAGCUACGAUAAUCAAUGAAGUUGCGGGUAUUCUAGAGACAAAACAGAUUAGGAGUAUCCUUGAAAGCGGAUGUGGUGCCCAGACCACGGUAAUCGAUGCCUCAUCUGGAUCUUAUCCGACCGAGUUUGGUGCAGAGCCACGGGUUAUCAUUGUUGAGUUGUCGUCCCUUCCGCUCGGGUCUGAGCGGGAGCAGCAACUCUUCGAUAAUGACGCUUUGCUUUCUGACAUCGUCAGCCGCCUGCCGUCAAAGAAAUACACUCUUUUCUACCUUACUACUCCUAGGGAGUUCGAGGAGAACGAUUCCCCUGUUUACCAGCAGCAGAGCGACCUUUACCAAGACACUGUGCACAUUGACUUGAAGCGGGACUAUGCUGUGCAUUCCCGCCGCGAAGAAACAAUCAAUAGCUCCCUGUUUGACGAAUAUCAGUACUUUACUCCAGGUCUCUUCAUGGGGCUCAUUGCCGCUUUCUUUUUCUUCGCUAUCCUCUACGUCGCUUUCAGUGCUCUCCUAAGCCUGCAGGUUCCAUAUGCGGCUUUCGAGAAGGACACGUCUACUACCGUUCAGAAGAAGCAGCAGUAA